AUGCUCUAUGUCUGUUCCAUUUUCGAUGUUUACUUUGUGAGCCCCAUCGUCGGGGGGAUGAAGGCCCACCGCGUUCAGACUUCCGGACCUCCUCCGGCUCAACGCGUUGUGCUCUUUGUUGCUGGUGGUCUUCGUGCGGAUAAGACCUUCCAGCAAUUCCCCGACCCGUCCCCAGAUGCCCCCGCGAAUGAGACGGCCCAAAUACUACGCCACUUGGCCCCCUUUCUGCGCUCACGAGUGUUGGAAUAUGGUACCUUCGGAGUCUCCCACACACGAGUGCCAACCGAGUCACGCCCAGGCCAUGUGGCCCUUCUCGCGGGUCUCUACGAAGACGUCUCCGCUGUGGCCGCGGGCUGGAAGCUGAACCCAGUGGGUUUUGAUAGUGUACUAAAUCGCAGUCGGCAUACAUGGAGCUGGGGCAGGCCGGAUAUCCUACCCAUGUCUGCCCAGGGAGCAGACCCAGGGCGCGUGGAUACAUACACGUACAGCGCGGACGCAGAAGACUUCAGCAAGGAUGCUACCGAAUUGGACCGCUGGGUUUUCGACGGCGUCAAGCGCUUUUUCCAUUCAGCAGCAGAGGAUGUAGAAUUGGAAGCAGUGCUGAGACAGGAUCAAAAUAUCUUCUUUCUUCAUCUCCUUGGCUUGGAUACGUCGGGCCACUCCUACCGUCCCUAUUCCCGUGAAUACCUGCACAAUAUCCAGGUCGUGGAUCAAGGGGUGCGGGAGAUGACCGCUCUAUUUGAGGCCUUCUGCAGAUGA